AUGACCCGCGCCCGCACCGUAGGCCUGCUAGAACUCUCGCCGGUGGAGCGGGGCGUCGUGAGCAUCUUUGGCGUCUCCAGCCGGUUCUUCGUGGCCAUGAACAGCAAGGGCAAGCUCUACGGCUCGCCCUUCUUCACCGAGGAGUGCAUGUUCAAAGAAAUCCUCCUCCCCAAUAACUACAACGCCUACGAGUCCUACAAGUCCCCCGGCAUGUUCAUCGCCCUGAGUAAGAACGGGAAGACCAAGAAGGGGAACCGGGUGUCACCCACCAUGAAGGUCACCCACUUCCUCCCCAGGCUGUGA